AUGAACGGCAUCGAUGCAAAAGAUAAACAAAUGUUUGAUCAGAAGUAUAUAUGUCCUGUGUGUGCGUUGAUACUACGAGAUCCGGUGCAAUUCAUACGAUGUGGACAUCGACAAUGUCAAACUUGUUUACCGAAUGAACAUCAAAGAGAAAUCACAUGCGCACAAUGUCAAACAAAAAUGCUGAAAACUGAAGCACUGUAUCUUUUUGAUAACUAUCAAAAUCAUCUCGCAGAAUAUCAUCCAAAUCCGAUAUGUGAUCAUUGUGGCAAACAAUUCAACUCAACUAACAAAUUCAAUGAACACAGACUUGUUGAUUGUCCUGGAAUCAGCGUUGAAUGUUUAUCACACGAUUAUGCUUGCAAUGAGCACGUAAUUACUCAUGUUGAAAUAGAAGAACAUUCCAUGGCUGAACAAGAUCAACAGACUUUCAGUAAUGAUGUUCGUCGAAUUUCAUUGUGUGAAAAUGAAAGACAAACGAAUACUGACUUUCCUCUAACAACAACAACUACAGAAUCUUAUGAUCCUGAUACGAUUCAAUUUGAAGAACUUCGUGACAUAAUUAACGUCUUAACAGGUGGCAUCGAAGCACUGGCAAAUGAUGCACAACGUCUGAGCAAUGAAUCUCUUCAAGCGCAUAUUAUACGUCAAGCAGGGACAGAACAAUUGCUAACAUUGAAAAAUUCUGUGGAAGAAUCAGAUGCUGUUUUAGAAGGAAUUAGCUUUAAUCUAGAUAUUCUCCGACAGGAUUUCACAUCACUGCAAGAGAAAGUCAAUGAUUUCCAGUGUGUUUCAUAUGAUGGAACAUUUCUUUGGAAAAUAACUAAUGUCAAAGGGAAGAUGAUGGACGCACAAUCUGAAAGACAAACAUCAAUUUACUCGCCUCCAUUUUAUUCUUCUCCAAACGGUUAUAAAAUGAGAGCUCGUAUUUAUUUAAAUGGUGAUGGAAAUGCUCGUCGCACACAUAUUUCCAUGUUUUUUGUGCUCAUGCGAAGCUUGGACGAUCAGAUUUUGAAAUUUCCGUUCAACUAUAAAGUCACGUUUUGUUUAUACGAUCAAACGCCGGCACAACGACAUAUUAUCGAUUCAUUUCGACCAGAUAUGAAAUCGAGCAGUUUUCAAAGACCUCGAACGGAUAUGAACAUUGCAAGUGGUAUACCGAAGUUUUUUCCAUUGGAAAUGAUUCAACAAGAGGGAAAUCCGUAUGUUCGAGAUGAUACCAUGUUCAUCAAAAUUUUGGUUGAUUUCGGAGAUACACCCAAAAUAUUAUUGCCUUACGUCUUGAGUUUGAAUCCGGGUCUUCCAACGCAUGUUCAACAAGCAAAGAUUAACUCAGAGUUGGAACGGAUGCAUAGAGAUCAACAUCAUGAAUCGAGCGAACCAGAAGAUAUUGAACUUAGCGUCGAGGAAAGUUUUCCUGAGUAA